AUGAGGUUUUUAAUCAACUUAGCGGAGGAGAAGAAGAUAAUAUGUACUGAAGGAGAAUACCUUGACUCCAAUAAGCUAUGGAUUAACUGCGGAAAUUGCUUGGUUGGAGCUAAAGGCGAACAUUUAGACUGGCGGCUAGAUGAAAAGCCAUUUUUAAGCUUUAUAAGGGGUGAUUAUGCGAAUUUAGAAGUAGUCAUGAGGGACUGGUUGGUUGUUAAGAGGGGUACUUUAUGGCACAUAGAAGAAAGUGAUUAUAAUAGUACAUCAUUAACACCUAAAGUUCUUCUGGUGCUUCCUGAUGUUUCGAAUUCUUCGCUGAAGGAGCGCGCCACCGUUCCUGACCAAGAAAGAUGGCAACUCAGAGAACGCAUUACGGAUCUAGCGACGCAGCUACGCUUGAGCAAGGCUAAGUGCAAGGUGCUAGAAGAUGAGUUAAAAGUUACGAAGAAGGUGACAAUAGGGCUACUCAACUCGAAAAAGGCUAAAAUUCGAGAACUCCAGGCUGCAUUAGACGGAAAUCCUUGUACUGCAUCAGAUAUGCCCGACGAGGCUGUAAUGCACAAAUAUGUCACUGAAGGGGAUGAUCAGAGAACCUCUGAACGAGUAAGUACGGAAGAUGAGCCAUCGCUGAAAAGAUUUAAAAACAAUUUCGGUACUCCAAAAGUACCACACACUGAAGGUUUUGCAUUUCGGGGUAUAAACCGCUCUUUAACGCCUACUUCGUAUCUGCCUGCGCCUGUUGAGCUCUCAGAUACGAAGAGAAAACUUGAAGCCGAAAUAGAAGCUACCAACCGAUCCAGUUCAAUGGACGAUAAAACAGCUCAUGAGUCAUACAAUGAUGAGAGUACCACUGAAUCAGAGUAG